AGGCGGAUAAGGCGGCUCGCCUUGACGACGAAGAUGACGAAUAAAGGUUAUUACAAGGGUACCGGGACGGGUUCGACUGGUUCACAUACAAAGCAUGGAGGCUAUGUUAUCGAUUGGGCCAAAGUCAGGACAUACGUGGUGCCAAAAGAUCUGGCAGAUUUCAAGCUUACGCCAUUCGUUACGAGGAAGAUGAAGCCAGUCAAGGGGAGGUUUGAGAAUGAUCCUAAGGGAGCUUUCAGCGGAGAGGCAUAUCUAGGAAAGUGGAAGGUCGAGAAUGGAGAGGACUAGAUAGAAUACUAGACUUAAGAACGAAAAUGUACAGUACGGACGGCGUUGGAAAUGUGUAUACCAUACUCUUGUACAAACAUCUGCUAUUAGCAGCCGAUAGAUGAGAGGGGUAGAUUUUGUGGCUAUGUCACAAGCGGUAGCAUGACCAUCGUACAAUUACGAAAGCAGAACCGAGCUCUUCGGGUCUGACAGUGUUGCUACGAAUGGCAAUAUAGACUGAGAUGACGAGAAUACUUCCCGAAUUGUGUACAGUGCAGAGGCCAUAGCUUUUGUUACCAAUGUCCCACUGGAUGGAC